GAAUCCGGAACCCUCUGGAACCAGGAAAAUGUAUUCUGGCCGGAUAUAUUUUGAGGGAGAAAAAAAAUGGCGACGCACUAUAGUAGAUCAUGCUUGCAGUAUUUGUUUCAUCUUGCUCACGAUCAUCUUGAGUUUAGGCUACCGGAAAUCAAGGCGCUGCUCUCUUUAAGAGGAAAACCUUUUCAUCCAGGGGAACACUUCAAAGAAAAGUCUCCCUUCUGGCUGCUCGACGGUUUAUCAGAAGAGGAUGUCCAUAACAUCAUGGGCAGAUCAGUGUGUGCCAAGUCUGCAUUUGAACUGUGGGGGCAUGGAAAAACACAGAGUGAACUUAAGACGUCUCUCCUGCAAUAUCCAACAGAGGACAUGUCACCCUUCCUACAGAAGAACUCAACAUAUAAAAUCAAUGUGUACACCUUCAACAAGACUCUGGAGUUCCAGGACAGGAUUAAAAAGAUAGAUGCACUGGAAUAUCUUCCCUUUCAGGGCAGUGUCAGUCUGAAGAACCCACAACAGAUCUUCUGUCUGCUGGAGGACUAUGGUACAGACCCCAACAACAUCCCAGAAGAGCCCUUCCACAUCUACUUUGGAAGAUGGAUUGCUGAUGGUCAGAGGGAGCUUAUACGGUCCCACAGUGUGAAGAACAGGCACUUCAUCGGCAAUACCAGCAUGGACGCCGGCCUGUCCUUCAUCAUGGCUAACCACGCCAAGGUCAAAGAGCAUGACCUCAUCUAUGACCCUUUCGUUGGGACAGGAAGCCUGCUAGUUGCUUGCUCUCAGUUCGGUGCCUAUGUAUGUGGAACAGAUAUUGAUUACAACACUAUCCAUGGUAUAGGCAAGGCAAGUCGCAAAAACCAGAAGUGGCGAGGCCCUGAUGAGAACAUCCGAGCCAAUCUGCGCCAGUACGGCACGGAGAGGCUGUACGUGGACGUGCUGGUGUCUGACGCCGCCAAGUCUGUCUGGAGGCACGCGCUCCUGUUCGACGCCAUCAUCACAGACCCCCCCUAUGGGAUUCGCGAAUCCACCAGGAGGACAGGAUCUCAGAAGGACUCUUUCAAACCCACUGAAGACUUCUUUGGAGAGAGCCACGUUCCCGUAUCCAUGGCUUACCACUUGAGUGACAUAUUCACCGACCUAUUGAACUUUGCAGUUCACCACUUGGUUAUGGGCGGUAGACUCGUUUAUUGGUUGCCGAUCUACAGACCAGAGUACUGUGAGGAGAUGGUCCCCCUGCAUCUCUGCCUCCAGCUGACCAGUAACUGUGAACAGACCCUUUCUAGCCACACCUCCCGACGACUCAUCACCAUGGAGAAGAUCAAGGAGCCGGAGGAGGCAGAUGUACUGGCCCACCUGUCAGACCCCCGAUAUAGCCCCUACCAAGGACACAACGCCUUCAGGGACAAGUACUUUAGCGGUGUUACCAAGAAAACCACCAAGGACGACAAAAUGGCCGACAACGGAAAGUGAAGGAACAGAGGUGACUUGACAAUGCCUGCGCCGGUGGCUCCACUGCUGUUUCAAACACCUCUCUCUUUUUAUCUUUUUUUGUUGUUGUUAUCGUCAUGAUUUUCUAUGCCUGCUACCCUUUAUAAACAAAUAAAAAUACCAUAUAAAUAUGCAUUAUGAAUGGACAGAAGUUAAUGUUUCUGCAAAUAUAAUUGU